CGCUUAAUCACUGUUUCUACAUAAAUUGAGUCUUCAAUACGUUCUUCAGUAGUUUGCAUCUUAUACGUGACAUAAAAGAUUUGCCACGAUGAGAUUUUUAUUACUUCUAAGUUUUGUUUUAUUAGUGACUUUAUCAUCAUGUUUUGCCGGUGAUUUGAUACUCGGUACAAGCUACAAUGGAAGGCUGGUGUGGCAACAGAAGGCUGAAUAUAUGGCUAUACCGUUUAAGAAGAGGGUAAAAGAAAUCUUUUAUUCCGAUCCGGGACAACAAAUAAUAAAAGGAAUAAUUGCAAGAGACUUGGACCACUCCGAAGCUUUGGCCACGGUUACGGCGGGAGGAGUAGGAUCUUCAUUUGCUAACAUCCGACUAAAGAGCUCCCGCGGUAGCAGCUUAAAUUAUCAAAUUGAAUUUUAUGUUUAAUGUAAAACAUUCUGUAAUAACGUAGAUAUUAUACUAAUAUCAUAAUUUUAAGUAGUUUUUGUUUUAAUACUAACAAUUCAUAUUCAGAAAUACAGUUCAUCCAAGCAGUGCUAUAUGUUGUUCUAUAAUUUUGAAGGAUUAUAAAUUUUGUAUAUAGUAUCAAUUUUCUCAACCGGUAUAGUAAUUGUUAUAUAUAAAAACGGAUACUUAGAUAACUAAAACGAAUUGAAUUUGUUCUAUUAUAUCUAAUAACACCGAAAAAACAACGAGUUUCAAAGGCAUUGUUAUCAAAUGCUUUGAGAUUAUAUCACCGAAAACUGUCACAAUAAAAAACUAAAGUAAAGUCCAUA